AUGGCUGAAUUACAUUUACCACCACCGCAAUGUUUCUUGCAAAGUCCAGGUGAACCACAAGUACCUUGGAAACGUUGGUACAAUAGCUUUGAAACGUAUAUGAAAGCCACUGGACUUGAUCAGGAAAAUGUAUCUGCUGAUAAAAAACGUGCAAUUCUACUGCAUUGUUUAGGCAUUGAAGGCCAAAGAAUAUUUGCUUCGUUAUCAGACACAGAUACUUAUGAACAAGCAGUUGCUGCUCUAGAAAAGCAGUUUGGUAAAAAAGACAGUGUAAAAAUGCAAAGACAUCUAUUUUGGAAUAGAAAACAGCAUGAUGGUGAAUCAAUAAUAGAAUAUGUCGCUGCACUAAGAGAAAUAGUGUCAGAGUGUAAUUUUGCGGAUAUGUCAGAUGAUAUGAUCUGUGGUCAAAUAAUCGAACACACCAUCUCACCAAGAAUUAGAGAAAGGUUGCUCAUGGAACCUGAUACACUGACUUUGGAUCAAGCAGUAAAACUGGCUUGUCAAAUUGAAACUGCUCAUGAAGAAUCACAUCGUAUUCAGAAAGAAACCAAUUUCAAUGGAAAACCAAAGUUCAAAAAAGAAGAAAAUCCUAUUGUGCAAGGAAUUCAAAGGCAAAGAUAUCACAAUCAAUGGAAAAAUCAAAAAGCAAAUUCAUCAUAUGCUAAACAACAUUGUACUUGUUGUGGAUCAAAUUCUCAUGCUUCAUAUAGUAGGAAUUGUCCUGCUAAAAAUCGUAUUUGUCAUGCAUGUGGCAAAAGAAAUCAUUUCAUGAAAAUGUGUAGGUCUUUGAAACAAAAGACUACAAGACAAGUGUUGCCAUCACAAAAACAAAGUGAUGAUGUGCAAAAUGUAUUUUCUGUUAAAAAUAACAGUGAUUCUGUUAAUGGUAUUUUUAAACAUUGUUCUCUAAUGAUUGAUGGUAUAGAAACCAAGCUUUUAAUUGAUUUGGGUGCCAAAAUCUCAAUAAUGAAUGAAACCAUGUAUAGAAAAUUGUUUUCAAAGUAUAAGCUUAAGCCCACAACCCAGAAAUUGUGUGGAUAUGGAGGGUCAUCUAUUGAAAGUAUUGGGGUUAUUGAUUUACCUAAUAUUCAGUAUGGAAAUGAGACCAUUGAUGUAUUUUCAUUUUUUGUAACUAAAAAGGGAGUUAGUCUUAUGGGAGUUGAUUUGUUUGAUCGUUUGAAUUUUAAAGUUACAUGUAAUGGUGCUACUGUGAAUUCUAUUGAUUUUCGUGCUAAGUAUGCUAAAGUAUUUACUGGCUUAAGUAAAGUGUCAAAAUUCCAACAUGAUCCCAUGGUUGAUCAUACAGUCAAGCCAAUAUCUCAAAAACUGAGAAGGUUACCACUUUCAGUUCGUGCUAGUGUGUCUGCAGAAUUGAAAAGGCUUGAAGAUAAUGAUGUUAUUGAAAAAAUUGAAACUUCACCAUGGAUUUCUAAUAUUGUCAUUGUUCCUAAGAAAAAUAAUGAGAUUCGUCUAUGUGUGGAUCUCAGACAAGUAAAUAUGGCAAUAAUACCUGAUAAAUAUCCAUUACCUACAAUGACAGAGCUCACAUCAAAAUUUCAUAGCUCUACAGUGUUUUCGAAACUUGACUUGCGUCGAAGUUAUGAACAAGUGCCAUUAGCUAAAGAUAAAAGGUAUCUUACUGCUUUUAUAACACAUGAUUCUAUAUAUCAGUAUAAAAGAAUACCGUAUGGUUUAUGUUCAGCGCCCUCUUGUUUUCAAAAAAUUCUGUCCAUGAUUUUGAAAGAUUGUGAAAACACAGUCAAUAAUAUUGAUGAUGUAAUUAUGCAUGGUAUAAAUCAAGCAGACCAUGAUGAAAAGCUUAAUAAAGUUCUCAGAAAACUUGCUGAGUAUAAUUUAACAUUGAAUGUGGAUAAGUGUCAAUUUUCUAAAAAUUGUAUUAAUUUUAUUGGUUACAAAAUUUCUGGUUCUGGUGUAUUACCACUUGAGUCAAAUGUUGAAUCUAUUUUGAAUAUUCCCAUGCCUAAAAAUAAGAAAGAGUUACAAUCUUUUCUUGCAACUACUAACUUUUAUUUGAAAUUUGUGCAAAAUUAUGCAAAUGUUGCUGAACCAUUGAGGAAACUUUUAAGAAAAGAUAUUCCUUGGGAAUGGACUGACUUACAGUCAAAUGCUGUCAAUAAGCUAAAAGAAAGCAUAGCAUCACCACCUAUACUUGCUCAUUUCAAUCCAAAUGCUCAAACUAUUGUAACUACAGAUGCUUCUGGUUAUGCUGUUGGUGCUGUAUUGUCACAAAUUGACAGACAAGGUAAUGAAAAACCUGUUGCAUUUGCAUCAAAAACUUUGAGUAACACAGAGAGAAAAUACUCAACUUGUGAAAGAGAAGCACUUGCAUCAAUUUAUGCAUGUGAACACUGGCAUAUUUAUUUGUAUGGAAGAAAAUUUAUACUUCGUACUGAUCAUGAAGCUUUGAAAUCAUUGUUAUCUACAAGUGGAUCUGGUCACAGACCAUUGAGAAUCUACCGAUGGACCGAUAGAUUACUCCAGUACAAUUUCAAAGUAGAACAUGUAAGUGGAUCAAAAAAUGAAGUAGCUGAUAUGCUAAGUAGACUUGUGCCAGAUGAUGUAAAGGAAUCUGAAAAUAAAGAUGAUUCAGAUAUUUUUGAAAUUAACCUAGAUGGUUUGGUUACCAAAGAAGACCUGAAAGAAGAGUCUAAAAUUGACCCAGUGUUUCAAGAAGUUGUAAAAUGUUUACAAAAUGGGUGGACUUUUCCAAUUUCACCAGAUGUUGCUAUAUUUUAUAAAUUGAGACAUGAAUUAAGUGUCUGGAAUGAUGUUUGCCUUGCAAGAGGAUCUCGUGCUAUAAUUCCAAGUCAACUGAGAAAACGAGUCCUAGAAAUGGCACACAGUGGACAUCCUGGUAUGGUCAGAAUGAAGCAAAGGUGCAGAGAGAAUGCAUGGUGGCCGAGAUUGAAUGCACAAAUCGAAGAUUUUGUUCGUAAUUGUCAACCUUGUGCAAUGAGUGGGAAAUCAAUCAAACCUGCCGAACCACCACUUCAAUCAAUACCAUGGCCUAGUGAGCCUUGGAAAGAUAUUUCAAUUGAUGUAUUUGGAGAAAUGCAAAUUGCACCUGUGAAAGAUAGAUUUGCUGUUGUUAUAAAUGAUCUACAUUCCAAAUGGCCUGAAGUUGCUUUAACAUCUAAUGUAACAUCCACAUAUUUAAUAAACAUAUUAGAAGGAUUAUUUGCAAGAUGGGGAAUUCCUGAAUCUAUAACCUCUGAUAAUGGUUCUGUUUUUGUAUCCUAUGAGUUUAAACAUUUUCUUGCAAAACAUGGGAUAAAACAGAAAUUAUGUGCGUUGUACAAUCCUACUUCAAACUCUAUCACAGAGAGAUUUAACAGAGUUCUAAAGGAAGGACUAAAAACUCAUUUGAGAGAAGGGAAGACAGUUGGUAAAGCUAUUCAAAUAAUUCUACAAAACUACAGAGCUACUCCUCAUGCUUUAACAGGAAAAUCUCCAGCAGAACUGAUGACUGGAAGGAAAAUGAGAUUGUCAUUAGAAUGUCUUAAACCUUCGAAUACUGAAACAAAUAUUGACAUUCCGAAAAUGCAAAAAGAAAUUGCAAUUCGUCAACAAAAGUCAAAAUUGUACACUGAUAACAAAAGACAUGCAAAAGUACCUAUAUUUAAAGUCGGAGAUUGGGUUCGAAUAAAAAGACCAAUUCGAGGUCACAAGUUCAAAUCAAGUUUGUCGAAUCCUCACAAAAUUACAAGGAAAGUUGGACCUGCAACUUAUAAAUUAGAAGAUGGUUCAAUGUGGAAUGCAAGAAGACUUGUACGUUCCUAUCAACAUAGUUUUCAAAACGGAAAUGAUUUUCAUGUGGAAACUUUUGGAUUUAAUAAUGAAGAUAUUCCUAAUUUGAGACAAAGUCCAAGAAAUGCACGAGGAAAUCCUUCUAGAAACCGAAGACUUCCAUCGUAUCUACAAGACUAUGAGUUAGGUUGA